UGUGUGAUAGUUUUCUCACAAUUCUUCUGUGAUUUUUCACCCCAAUAUUUAUUUUUAACAGCAUACAAAAUGACUGUCGUCUCAGAUUUUUCCCAGUUGUCAGCUGAUGACAGGGAGCCUGUCUGCUUCAAUGGGUGGAGCGAUCGCUUGGUGGGAGAGAGAUCAAUCUGCAACUAAUGCAACAGCUAAAAGAAACUGCAAGUGAGACUUAUAAAGGAAGAGGACAGAGGAAGAACAGAGGAAGAACAGAGGAAGGGUCUGUCACCACAUAGAGGCAAAACAUCUCAGGAUAUACUGUAGGUAGAGAUCGGAUAAAGAUACAGCAGCACAGAACAGUGCAGAAAGUUGGUGCUUGUUACAAGUAACCACAGUGGUUUCCCAUAUUACCGCCCCUUGUCUGAGAUCACUAUUGGGGGCUGGAACUGAGAUAAGCUGCAGAGCCAGAUACUUCACGAGAAGCAGAGAGAGAACUGGAUUUGAUCUGAACAAGACAGUAACCAUAGAAGAAGGGGACCAUAAGACUACAAGAAAGACAUCCCGAGGAUAUUACAAGGCUGCGCCUUUUUCUUCUUUUGUGGACAAUCUACCCUCAUCUCUGUACCCGCCAUCUGGAAUUAACCCCUUACUGCUGCAGCACAUCUCACCAUGAGGACUCGACAGAUUCUGCUUGUACUGUUUACCCUUAUACUGGUUUACCAAGUGAGGUCGGAGGAUUUGGUGAAAGUCUUAAGUCCUCCACUAUUUGCCCCAAUUAAUACAACAGUUUGGAUGAACUGCUCUACUCCUAAUCCUAAAAACACAGCGCAUGAAUCCAGAUUACAGAAGAUCAAUACCGAGAAGGGGCCCAACUGGUCAGCAGUUGAAGUUUUGGUUGAUGACUGGGAGAACACAACAACAUAUUGUUUAUAUGAUAAGGUAGAAAUUUCUACCACAGUCAUGGCUUAUGCUCUCCCAUCAAACAUCACUAUAGACAUGCAGACGGAGCUAGUAGAAGGAAAAGAUUAUAAGAUCAUCUGUACGGUCUAUGACGUUGCUCCUUUGGAGUAUCUUACCAUAUACAUCACAAGAGGAGGUGAUAUCAUCAACAACAAAUCCUAUGAAGGACCCCACGUGAAGGACAGACAGACUGUGAGCCACUUAUAUACAUUCAUCGCUAGUCGCAGAGACAACCUUAUGAACUUCUCCUGUGAGGCCGUCCUACAACUUGGAUCAGAACACCACAUGGUCAAGUCCUCGAGGAUAACUGUGCAGACCUACACGCUGCCGGAAGCUCCUGUUAUAUCAGUACAGAAAUGGAUAGAGAAUGGGACCAUAUUUUCAAUAGAAUGUCUGGUCUCCAAUGGAUUUCCUCCACAAGAUGUCAGACUGAACAUACUCAUUGAAGACAACAGCUUAGAUGUUAUUCCUGUUGUGACAGAUGAAGGGACCGUAAAGGGCACGGUCCAUCCAAAUGCUUCAUACUCACUUCUAGGAUUGAAAACCAUCAACUGUGAAUCUUCCCUAUUUAAUUUGUCCAAUGAGACUACAGUGAAUGUAUAUAUUUAUGAGCCUCCGACUAUGAAUUUUUCUCUAUCCAGAAAUGUCACAGACCUGGGUGAGAAUGUGACGGCUACUUGUCAUAUAACUAACAAACGACCCGAGCCUUAUGGUCUGUCCAUUAGUGUGGAUGAUGAAGAAGAGCGGAGGGAGGAGACCUCUAUGGUGACCCACACAUUCACAGCAAGCAGGAGAACUCUGAGCCUUGUCGUCACCUGCACAGCUUAUAUUAUUGAGAAUUCGGACAUAUCCCAAUCUUCAACACAGACACUAGAAGUACAUUAUCCCCCAGAGUUCACGGAAAGUUCUUGCCCCUCGAUUUUACCUUUCGUAGAAGGACAGACAUUUUCAUGUCAGGCUGACGGAAACCCAAAGCCGAUAGUAGAAUGCGGAGCCGAUGGACGUUAUAUAAAGGACAGAGAUAUAAUAACAAGAGACAUGUCCGGGAUUUAUACAUGUCAGGCAACAAACCGCAGAGGAAACGUAUCGAAGGAGAUCAAUGUAACCGUGCAAUAUAAACCAGUGACCCCAGUCCUGACUGUUUCUACCAAUGCAACAAUUACAAUAGGAGAUCCACUAAAUAUAACGUGUAAGUCGGAGGGGUUGCCGGAUCCCACAUACAGUUGGCAGAUCCCCAAUAAUGCUGAGGUCACAUACUCCGCAGAUAAAAACUCAGUCAUUAUCCGCACAGCAGCUCAGACCCACAGUGGAACCUACACAUGUGUGGCCAGGAACCAGCAUGGAGAAUCAAGUACAAAGCGGGAGGUGACGGUUGUGUCUGACAGUAAUAUUGGACUGAUUAUUGGUAUAGUGGCUGCCACAGUGGUCGUAAUAAUCGCUAUAGGCACAUAUAAAUAUUGUACUUGGAAAAGGGGUCGAAAGGGAUUUUACAAACUGCGGAUGCAGAAAAAGCACCAAAGUCAGAAGAAUGGAAACAUUCCAACACUGAGCCAAGAAACUAACUAUACUGAAAUGAAUAUGGAUCCCAUUCAUCAAUCCCAAAACUCAUAACCCGGGCAGGGAGCUUCAGGGAUGUAAAAAAUGGACUCCUAUGUGAGCCGCCAUGUUGUGGCCUUUGCGGUCAAUGAGGACAAUGUCUGCCUGUCACCAUGGAAACCACCACAUUCACUGUACUUUAUCCUGGACAAAGAGGGGAAUAAUGUCUAUGACAGCCAAUCAGAUUCCAGCUAUGAUUGUUUGAGGUUUAGGUGAAGGUGUUACCCAUAGCAACCAAACUCCAACUGCCAGUAUAAAAUGGAACAUCAGAAAGAUUCUAUUGCCAAGGAAACACAACUGUCCCUCCCCCGCACAUCUUCAUACAGGACUCCCCUACCACCAACUUUAAAGAGAAAUAUUUUUGUAUGUUUUUUUUUUUUGUUUACUCAGUUUUUUCUUUAAUAUUUGUUGUUAUUGUUAUUUCGCUGAACCAAAGGCGGACGAUUUAUCAAAGAAAACUUACCUAAGAUUCAGAGGAAAAUGUUAUCUACCACAAGGUCAAAAAGAUCAGGAGUACCUGAAACUACUGGAUCAUAGGCGCAGUGGGCCCCCUAGAGACAGGGAGGCGUCAAGAAAGGAUCUGUGGAGCUAAACAUGUGAUUAGAUAAAUUGAUAGAUAUAUAUAAGAUAGAAAGAUAUAGAUAUGUAUACAGUUGUACAAAUGUAAAUAGAAGAAAAAUUAUCUAUCUAUAUCAUAUAUAUCUAUCUAUCUUAUAUCUAUCUAGCUCAUAUCUAUCUAUAUCUCAUAUCUAUCUAUCUAUCUCAUAUCUAUCUAUCUAUCUAUCUA